UCUCCUGUAGCCUGUGAAACAGGCGUAAUUUUAUUUGAUCUGAGUAUUAUUGCAAUCGGUGGUAAGCACGAAGCGAGUGCGAGGCAAGUGCGAGGUGAGCGAUGCAAAAAAAAGAAGCUUGUCCUUCAUGGUUUACUGACCGGACUUUUCUUUUCUUCUUGUAAAGAUGCCUUUAAGCAGCUGAAUCAGAGUGUUGAUCCUUGUGAGGAUUUUUACGAGUAUGUGUGCGGCGGAUGGGAAAACGAGAACCCUUUAGGAGAUAGUGAGACGUUUGUUACUGGCCUUACAUUGGCUAGAGAGAGAAGCUACAAUACACUCAGGGCCGCUUUAGAAAAUGCCAACAGAAACUACUUACAAAAUGACGCUGUUAUGAAGACACUGGGUUUCUUCAACGCCUGCAAUAACACAGCGGCUGUCGAGGCUCUGGGAGAUGAUCCGCUCAAGAAGUUGAUUGACCAAAUGGGGGGAUGGAACGUGACUGGUAACAUGACACCCUUGUCACUGAUGAGCAUCACAGAGAGGAUUGCUAAAGUAACAAGGGAAUUGUUUAUCAAACCUUUUGUUGACAUUGGAGUGUCUGUAGAUCCUCAUAACUCCAACAAACACAUUCUGCAGUUUCGUGAGGGACAACUUGGUAUGGUUAAAUCCUAUUACGCGAAGAGUACAACCGAACAUCAAGCUCUCGAAAACCUUGUGGACUUGGUAAAUGCAGUUUUUAAAAAACAGGGUCGGAAAUUCAAGAAAGACGAGUUAAUUGUCGCGUAUCCCAUAGAUUUUUACGUCAGAAUUUUCAAGUUUUACGAGGAAAAAACAAGAACGGAUCCCUUGGUUGUUGUUAAUUACAUCAUUUGGACUGUUAUCAAUAACUUUAUCGAAACAAUGCCGCGAAAAUACCGAGAGGCCCGGGACGAGUAUGUGACCGCCAUGUCAGGAAACAGCACCAGAUACCGCUGGAAAGAUUGCAUUGACAGAAUGCAGCCAGUAUUUGGAAUGCCGCUUGGCUUGCUGUUUGUGGACGUAGCAUUCGAUGAAAAAAGCAAGGAAACGAUAACGCAAAUGACCAGACUCAUAAAGGAUGAGUUUUUCAAGAGUGUUGAUGCUCUUCCUUGGAUGUCAGACGAGACGAAGGCAAAGGCGAAAGAGAAGGCCAAUGCUAUUGCCGAAGACAUAGGUUACCCAAGCUACAUCAAAGACCCGUCAAAGCUAGCCGCUACGCUUAAAGGACUGAAGGUUGGCGAUAACCUAUUUGAGAACACCGUUAGUGCCAUGGCGUUUGCCGCUAACCAAUCAUACAGUGUAUUGGACAAACCUGUGGACAGAGACAAGUGGUUCCUAGGCCCCUCGCAAGUAAAUGGUUACUAUUCACCAAGACAAAACCGCAUUGUGUUCCUGGCGGCCAUUUUACAACCCCCUUUUUACAAUCCGGAUUACCCAAAGAAAAUUUUUCGAUAAGGAUGGUAACAUAAAAAACUGGUGGUCCAUCGUCUCUCAUUUAGGUUUUAGUAAAAGGACAGAGUGUUUUGCUAAACAGUAUUCACAGUACGAAGUUUAUGGUAAAAAGAUAAAUGGAAAUAAGACAAAGAACGAGAACAUCGCCGACAACGGAGGGAUCAAACUGGCAUACAAAGCGUAUGAGGCACUUGUCCAAAAAGAAGGAACCGAGGGGGCUCUGCCAGGACUGGGACUAACAGAAGAACAAUUGUUUUUUGUGGGUUUCGCGCGGCCGUGGUGUAGUAUCUUCAGGAAGAAAGCAGCGCAUCUUCAACUUGAAACUGAUAAACACACGUUUUCUAAAUACAGAAUUAUUGGCACGCUCCAUAACUAUGACAAGUUCGCAGAGGUUUUCAGCUGCAAGCCAGGAUCUGCCAUGAACCCCCAGAAUAAAUGCACCUUGUGGUAAUCAAGGUACGAUUGAACCCAGCCUUUUACUCGAUAUAAUCGUGGUAACAUCAGAGCGCACUGCAAACUUGAGCUGACGAGCAAUAUAUUGGUAUGGUUCGGAUGUCGAUAACUUGUCAAGUGCUGAUGCAAAUUAGGCCUGAGCCCGUAGUCUCAUUCAUACCAGGACAGUGCCAUCAGUACCAAUACUGUAACCAUGGAACUAUUGAUUGAAUGAUAUCCUAACGUAGAAUAAUGAUAACUUUCUUUUGUUAAUAAUAAUCCGGUCUUUCAAAUAUUUCUUCUAUUAUUCUUUUGGAUGGUGAAAUCGUGACAUUGCUAUACUGAGGGUCCCAACCUAUCCGCGUUUUUGAAAAUACACUAUAAAUUUCCACAUUUUGUGUCGUACUUGAAUGUGAGAUUUAUGAAAAGCAGUUAUUGAAUCUUAGUGUUUGAGGAAGGAACAGCUGCUUUUCCAUUUAACAAAUAAGUCUCACGAGCAUUUUAUUUGAACAAACAUAGCCAUAGCGUAUAGAGUACAAUUACCUCACAGUUUUAAAUUAGGCAUAUUGUACUUUGAAGGCUGUCGAAAAAACUGCUUUCAUAGUUUAAACGGUAAACUCUUUGAGUGCCUCUCAAUCGCAAGUAAUAAGGUAUAAUGUUUAAACUUAGGAUUACUAAGAAAUGGUUGAUGUUUAAGACAAAAGAUUUCUCUUUAUUUAUCUUCCAUAAACAUAUUCAUGUAAAUAAAGUUCACUUAUUCUUGGA